AUGCCGCCACGGAGGAGCGACAGCUAUGGUUUUUACGCGCAGCUCAUCCAUCUCUGCCGCAGCGGGAAAGAUUUGCCCCGAUGCAAGCGCGUCCACGAGCUCGUCCUCGAGAGCCAGUUCUCGCGCGACACAUUUCUUCUCAAUCUGCUGGUGGAGAUGUAUGGGCGAUGCGGCCGCCUGGAUCUCGCCAGGGCCGUAUUUGCCACCAUCCCCAACCCGAAUUGCUUCUCCUUCAACAUCAUCAUCAGUGCUUGCAUCCAAGGGAAUGCCAUCGACGAGGCUAGGCUCGUUUUUGACAAGAUUUCUCAGCGCAAUGUUGUGACAUGGACCACCAUUCUUUCAGCAAAUGCCCAAAGCGGGAAUUUGCUGGAAGCGGCAAUGAUUUUUGACAGAAUGCCCCAGCACAAUGUGAUCACUUGGAACUCCUUUCUUGGUGGUUGCGCGCGGAACCAAGAGCUUUCCUCAGCCCAAAAAUUGUUCGAUCUAAUGCCCGAAAGGAGCGUAAUAUCUUGGAUCAAUCUACUCACAGCACUUUUCCGCAAAGGACAUUUGCAGGAAGCCAUUCGUACGUUCCUCCAAAUGCCAGAAUGGAAUAUGGUAUCCUCUACGCUCGUGAUAAACUGCUGCGCGGAGCUCCAGCACAUCUCACGAGCCCGCAAGAUCUUCGACCGGAUGCCCGAGGCAGACGUCGUGACAUGGACAACGAUGAUCGCAGCGUAUGGCGAAAUUGGAAAUCUAGAGGAAGCCAAGAGACUCUUUGAUUCGAUGCCCAAGCCGGACACAGUGACCUGGACGACCAUGGUCACGGCAUAUUCGCACCAUGGUUUCAUGGCCGAGGCGAGAGCCCUCUUUGACGUGAUGCCAUACCCCAAUGUGGCAUCUUGGAAUGCGAUGAUCCACGGCUACUCCCACGCCGCCAUGGCUGACGAUGCGCUAGAUCUCUUCCAGGAGAUGCCCAAGAGAGAUAUACUCUCCUGGAAUGAGAUGCUCGGAGCGUACGUCCACAGCGGGGAUAUUCCCUGUGCGGAGCUUCACUUUGAAAAGAUGCCCGGCCACGGCGUGGCGGCGUGGACGGACCUGAUCGUCGCGUACGUCCACGAUGGACGGUUGGCCGAUGCCGGGCGGGCGCUCGAGAGAAUGCCCUCCAGGGAUUGUUCCACUUGGCGGGCGCUGUUAGAGGCAUAUGCCCGCGGCGGGUAUAUUGGCUUGGCCGAAGCGAGCUUUCAGCGAAUGCCGGAGCGCAACGUGGUUUGCUGGGGAGCGUUGAUCUACGGGUAUGCCGUGAGCGGCGAUCGCGCGAGGGCCACUAGGGCAUUUGGGGCGCUUAGCCUGGAAGGGUUUUGGCCGACGAUCACGACGCUGGGGAGUGUGAUGAGCGCCUUCUCUAGCGCUGGAAUGGCCAAGGAAUGCCGCGACUACUUUGGAGCUAUGGUACUGGAUUUUGGGCUAAUGCCCAGAGUGGAGCAUUACUGGCUGGUGAUAGACGCGCUUGUAAGGGCCGGUGAUCGCGCCAAGGCCGAGGAUUUGGCGCUAAGCAUGCCCUUCCAAUUGGACAAUGUGGCUCGAGCGAUCUUGCUAAGGUCCUCUAAGGAUGAAAAGUCUUCCCCCAGAUUGAUAGAUUCGGCAAGGGUUUAA